AAUUGGAGAACAUAAAAGAAGAGAAACGCGAAACCGACAGUGAGGAACCGGCACCCCGCGAGUCGGAACAGCUGAAUCGGGGAACUGGCACCCCGCGAGUCGGAGCAAGUAUCAGCGAGUAUCAGCAAACAUCUUCUGUGUUUUUCAUUUCUCACCAAUCAUUGGAUACCAGUGGCGUACCAUCCGGAGGAUUUGUCGUCGGGGACAACCAUUGGUUAGGAGACCGAAUAGGUUGCAAGCUUUUCUCUGAAAAUCGCACGGUAUUUCUAUCGGAGAAAAUACGAAAGAACAAUUCCAUAUACCGGAACCCGAAUGAAGAGUAUUCACCUUUUGAGUUUCGUUUUUUCAUUGCACGUGCGCGGCACAAUAGCACUGUGCAAUAUCAUAUAGAAGUAGAAGACGAAGAUUUGAUCACGCUUGGACUUUGCUUACCGGCAUCCUGCAGCAUAGGCGAUGUUGCCACUAUGCUCGAUAAAGUAUUUCGUAAUGAGACACUUUUCAUUGGAAAACUUUUUAAUAUAUACCUCAAGCUCAUCGAAGUCUCCGAUUUGAUGGAUGAUCGUCAAUGGCUACUCUCUGCGAAAAUGAUCUCCAUCAUAGGAGUUUUAUUAUCGUUGGGUGCUACCGUAAUAGCGGCCACAAUAUACGAGGUUUUCCUCCAUCGAAAGAGCUUAAAUAAAGAAAGGGGGAAGCUGACGUUCGAAAGUACCAACGCGAUAGAAUUGGAGAACAUAAAAGAAGAGAAACGCGAAACCGACAAUGGGGAACUGGCACCCCGCGAGUCGGAGCAAGUAUCAGCGAGUAUCAGCAAACAUCUUCUGUGUUUUUCAUUUCUCACCAAUGUAAAAGAAAUAUUUAAGCUGGAAAAGGGUGGUAAUAAUCUGCGAGUAUUCUACGGCUUGAAAACAUUGACAAUGGUAUGGAUUAUUCUGGGGCACGUAGUGUUCUACGCAUUUCAUGUUACGAGUAACAAUUGGCUUGUAUUUAUACAGGCUGAGAGUUUACACUUUCAAAUCUUACGCAACUUCACAUUAUCGGUGGAUGCAUUUUUCUUUAUGAGUGGUUUUCUGUUAUCACAUUCAUUUCUGAAGGAACGGCGAAAAUAUCAGGGAAUUCCGCCUAUAGCAAAGAGGAUGAACGAAUUUUUUCAAAAGAUUGUCAAACGAUAUAUAAGGAUUACACCUGCAUAUUUCGUCGUUAUAUUAAUCGCGAUAUUGAAUUUUACCUGGGACGAUCAUGUCUCAGUACUUCUUCCCGUUGAGCAUCCAAAUGCCAAGUGUUCCAAAUAUUGGUGGACUAACAUACUUUACAUCAACAACUUGUUUAGAUGGGAUGAGCUAUGUCUCACAUGGAGUUGGUACCUGCCCAACGAUAUGCAGUUCUUCGUAUUUGGCAGUUUUCUCUUAACUUUAUCGAUCACGCAUUACAAUAUUGCCGUGGGCAUAGGCAUUUUUACGCUACUCUCAUCGAUAGGAUCACUCGUUUACACGGGGUACACUAUUAAUUACCAGCCUACACUAGACGGACAAUAUAGAACGAUGUCAGAGAUUUAUAUACGACCAUGGUGUAGAAUACCGCCAUAUCUCAUAGGAAUGGCCACAUGUCACCUUCUUACAAAAUGGAAUUACAAAUUGCAUUUUUCAAAAAUAACCUUAAUCGUUGGUUGGUCCGUGGCAAUUUUAUGUAAUUGUUCGAUUCUCUUCGGACUCGCGAACAAGAACAUAUCUUUAGGUCUCUCCGUUCUUUAUCUGGCCCUCAGUAGAACAUGCUGGACAUUAGGUAUUGCCUGGCUCGUAGUUGCGUGCACUACGAAUAAUGGCGGUAUCGUGAACAAAAUCUUAUCGCUGGAUAUUUUCGUUCCUUUCAGUAAAUUAACGUAUGGCGUUUAUCUCAUAAAUUGUAUUAUUAUUCUUUCGUUAUAUUCGUUAGAUAAUUAUUCUCUCUUUUUUUAUUACACCAAUAUUACCUAUACUGCCAUUACAGUGAUUAUUUGUAGUUUCACUGCCGCUAUUGUUCUGUCCGCAACAGUAGAAAUGCCGUUUAUAUCACUCGUCCGAUUGUAUAGUAAUCCGGCAAGUAUGAAAUAAUCAUAUACUAAUACAUAUUUUUAAGUCCCUCAGUUAAUAAAGUGAUGUAAUUACUCUCUCGAUAUAUGCACUUUGUCUGUCUGUCCGUCUGCCUGUCUCUCUCAAUCUUGAAACAUUUCUAUUUAUUAUGAUGUUCUCUGGAACCACAAUUAGGAAAAUAGCGUCUGUUGUUUAACGUAGAUGUCCAGCAUUAUAUUGUAUCGUAUAGUGUAUUACAUAUCUUUCUUCCUUUCUUUCCCCUUUUUUCCCAUUUCUCUCCCUGUCUAUUUUGUUGAAGUGAUUCUCACUUCUAGGAAAACUCUACAUCUUCUCUAGUGUUUAGUUAUCUUAGUCCUCGAAGCCAUCGAAAAUCAUUUUGAAGGGUCUCUCAGCCUCAUAGCCUUUUCUAGGAACAUAGGAACAUGUCAUGCACGGAAGAUGUACCGGGCUAUAGACGAACCAGUUCUCGUAAUUAUAUAAAUACCCAUCGAGCUGUUACGUAAACUUGAAAGUUAUAUGAUGAAAACAAGAUAGCUAAGCCGUAACGUUUUUA